CCCUCGUCCCGUCCGCAGUCUCCUCCCUACAAAGAAGCAAGCGCCAAACCGCCAACGCAAGCAGAGCAGUGAGCAGAGCUGCGGAACCGCACGCACCAAGGCCAUCGCCCACCAGUGACCAGUCCCUAUGGCGGGGAACGGCGGCGAGGGUGCGGUCGGGAAGGUGGCCUGCGCGGCGUGGAUACGGCGGCGGGACGAUGACGGCUGGCCACCCGGCCUCUCCCGCCUCCUCGUGGCGUUCGCCCGCGGGGCCACGGCCUCGUCCCCGCCGCUCGUCGACGUCCUCGAGUUCGACGCCAAGGCAUCCGCACUCGCCGCCUACGAGUCCGAGCCCCUGGCGAGGGUCACCGUGGGCGAGGACGCAGCGGACGCGCCGCGCGCGAUCGCCGUGCACCCUGGCGGCCGGGAGCUCGUUUGUGCAACCGCCAAAGGCUGCAGGGUGUUUAAUCUUGUUUAUAAAGACUUCGGUAUUCACCUUAUUUCAAGAGAUGCUUCACCUCUCCAAUGUGUUGGGCCUCAAAAAUGUUUAGCAUUCAGCACUGAUGGUGCUAAGUUUGCUGUUGGUGGUGAGGAUGGGCGUCUCAGAAUAUUUCAUUGGCCAAGUCUCAAUGUGAUUUUGGACGAACCUAAAGCUCACAAAUCCUUCUGUGACAUGGACAUCAGCUUAGACUCAAAGUUUUUAGUUUCAUCAUCCAUUGAUGGCUCUGCAAGAAUAUGGAACAUUGAUGAGGGGGCUCCACUAAUCAAUUUGACAAGAUCUUUGGAUGAGAAGAUUGAGUAUUGCCGCUUUUCUAGGGAUGGAGCCAAACCUUUCCUGUUUUGCACACUUGUAAAAGGUCAUGACGUUUGGACUAUGGCCGUGGACAUAAGUAAUUGGAAGAGAAUCGGUUACAAAAGAUUUUCAGCAAAGCCCAUUUCCACACUCGCAAUUAGCUUGGAUGGGAAAUAUCUUGCACUAGGAAAUCGUGAUGGUGACUUUUGCGCCGUGGAAAUAAAGAAGAUGGAGGUUGCUCACUGGAGCAAGAAGGUUCAUCUUGGCUUCCCAGUUUCCUCCAUUGAAUUUUGUCCUACUGAAAGGGUAGUAAUCUCCACCUCACAUCAAUGGGGAGCAGAGAUAACAAAACUUGACGUCCCUCCCGAAUGGAAAGUGUGGCAGAUCUGGCUGGUGCUCCUGAGCCUCUUCGUGUCGUCGGCCAUCCUCUUCUACGUCUUUUUCAAGCACGCAAGGAUCAACCUGGGGCCAUAGAAGUAGAAGACACCUCGAAUUUCUUUCUGAUGGCGAAUCUAGAAGCAGGGCUGUUGCCGACACCUGACAGCGAUAAUAGCGCCCUCCUGUCCACCCACCGCCCACCGUCAGGACUCGUUUCUGAAGGCCGUCCCAAACCUCCAGCCCUGUGUCUGCAACGUGUUCUGUACCUGAACCUGAACCGUUCGAGGUUUCACAUCUUGUGUUACAGAUAGAUAGAUUAUUCGUGACCUCUCAAUAAGGCCUUGUUUAGUUGUUGGGGUGAAAAGUUUUUGGGUUUCCGUUUGUAUUUGACAAUUAUUGUUCAAUCAUAGACUAACU